CCAUUAUGUAACUCAUAAUAAACCACACUUUCUUCAAUUCUUCUUCAUCCUCACCUAGCUCCUCCACAUUCUUAAUUUCAUCCCCCAUAUAUAGACUAAAUUUCUCAAUGGAGAAAACCGAUAGAGAAACGCACGAUUUCAUGAACGUUGAAUCGUUCUCUCAACUUCCAUUUAUCCGUCCCGCCUCAUCAUCCCAAAAGGAAAAAGGCAUAAGGCUCUUUGGCAAAGAAUUUGGUGGCGGUGAUUCUAACACGGUCAUGAUCAAUAUCGAUGACUACGACACUACUACUACUAAUAAUGACAACACUGCUACCGCCACCCACGAAGAAUCAAUAUCAAAAGUAGAAAGUAGCGAAAGUAACCGGAAAUUUGAGUGUCAUUAUUGUUGUAGGAACUUCCCUACUUCACAAGCCUUGGGGGGUCAUCAAAACGCACAUAAAAGAGAAAGACAACAUGCUAAAAGAGCUCACCUGCAGUCAACAAUGGUCAACGGUAGCUUCUCGGAGGCACACAUGUAUGGUCUCAUGAAUUACCAUCGUUUCACCACCAACCAUUCAGCUACUCUCCCUCCACCCUAUAGUAAUUACCACCACUCAAACCCUAAUUCAUCAACUCAUCUCACCGGCUAUAAUCGGUUUUAUGGAAAUAAUACUCCAACUAAUUACAACACUACUUCUUCAUCUCAUCAUCAUCAUCAUCAUCAAACACCUAUCAAUGGUAGUCCCUUAGGGUUAUGGAGAUACCAAAACGCCACCGCCCAAAACAUGACAACAUUUAAUCGUGACCAUUCGUUCAACACGACGCCAUUGAUGAUGCCUUCGAGUAAUGAUCAUGGGGGGUUAAGCGCUUCAAGAACAAUCACGACAAGCUCGAGUUAUAUGUAUGAUUCCAAGCCGACUACUGUUGUUCAAGAUCAAGUUAGUCUUGACUUGCAUUUGUAACGACCAUUAAUUAUUUCGUUUUCUAAGUUUUUAUUUAGAAAUAUUAUUACAUAGAACCGCCACCAUUUUAUUUCUUAAUUAAUUAAUUAGCACAAUAUAUAUGAUGCUUAAGUAGCCUAAUAAUUACCUGA